AUGCCGAAACAAAAUAUUGAUGAUAGGAUAAAAAAAUAUGAACAUUACAUCCACGACGUUCUCAAAGAAGAUCUUCGUCAGUUGGAGCUACGACUACAACAAGUCAAUGCUGAGAUUGCAGAUUUAAUUCAACAGAAACAUACAUUGAAAAUUGUCACUGACAAAAAUAUUCACCCAGACGGUUUCAAAACACAAAUGAAUUUAGGGUGUAACUUCUUCAUGGAAGCAGCAGUUACAGACACAUCGUCAUUGUUAAUCAAUAUAGGCUUAAAUCACUAUUUAGAAUUUACAUUAGAUGAAGCAAACAAGUAUUUAGAUGUAAGAAUAAAAGCUUUUGAGAAGAAGGCAGAAGAAAUGCAUACAAAGGCUGCACAGACUAAGGCUCACAUUAAACUAAUGUUGUUUGGAAUAGGAGAAUUGCAAGAUAAAGUACAGUACAAAAAGUGA